AUGGGAGGUGGUGAGGACCUUUAUAGUGAUGUUUAUGGCAUGAUGGCGCGAGGAGAUGGAAGUGCAUCGCAUCCCAGCACUCUAUACAGCAUCCAGGUGUCUAAGCCUCUCUGGUCAGUACACAGCUCGCCGCACCACCGCCACACAGCAAGCACUACAUUACCACAUCAAGCAUAUCAACAUACACCAACGUACAUAACCACAGCACCACCACAACCACAUUCACCACAAUCCCGCACAUCACAUAGCAAUCAAAGAACCCACAUCAAUACAUCCACCACACACGUAACCACAUCACCACCACACUAUUACCACCACACCAUCACCGCCACCGCACAUCCAUUACAAUCCCCACAUCAGGAGAGUAAUCAAAUAAUACACACUCACUUCCCCGCCAUGGCAGCGAAUCCACCGCCACACGCCAAUCAUAACGUCACUACACCUCCGCGCCUCCAUGCCCCUCGCCCCUCGCCUCCCACCACCCCUGCAGGCUCACAGGUUCCCCAGCAGCAGCGCCACGCCCCAUCUGCCGUUCGAUACCACCACCAGCUGGCCUCAGGCAUUACUCUAUCAUAG